UUGUUUUGAGCCGCUUGAGGGAUUCUGAUGAAUGUAAAACUUUAACUGACAUCAGGAUCGGUUUUGACACCGCACUUGAGGUAAAGAAGCUUUUCUUGCGGAAGAUCUUUUUAAAAUAUCAUCACCAGUUAUAAGAUGGAUGAAACACAAUGGUUUUAUCAGCUUUGAGAAUUUCCUACUAAGGAGAGAUCGUCGAUAAGUGUGCCGCAAUUUGAAGCUCUAAUUUAUCACAACUCGCAUUUAACGAUGAAAGCGCUCAUUCACCUACCCAGAUGAGACGAUGAGUCGACAAUUAUGGAAGGUUUCGUAAACCAUGGGGCAAGAGUUUAACAAACAGGUGCAGCCAGAAGAUGACCUCGUGGUUUUAAACAAGUCUACAAUUCAACCUCCAUUACCAAAGCAUUUGUACCAAAAGGGUCCUUUGAACAAAUGUACGUGAGUUCAACAUAUAUAUUGCUUAUUUCAUAUGUUAUGUUGUACGUGAUAACUUUCUUCGUCACGUUCCCAGAUUGAAUUAAUUUCUUUGCCUCUCUUCUUUCUCUCAGUUUUUCAGUCGUCUUUUGUAAUUUAGUUUUAUGCCAAUCAGGAGCAAAUUACAGUAUGUACAAAAUUUGGCUAACUUCAGGUGCGAAUGACUCAAAAGGGACUGUAUCAAUAAGCUGUUAAUGAUUGAAAAUUCACUUGAAGUGUUUGUUUGUUAUUUUAAUGAAUGCGUUGAAUGUUUAUGUUUUAUUUGAGAGCAUUAAUCAGUUGAUAUCCAAACAAUAUUUACAGUUUUUUUCUAUUAUUUAUGACUGUACACUAAAUAACAAUAUCGGUUUUAUAUUUCAACGACGUUGGUCGACUAAAUAUCAAGAUAUGAUACACUUGUAAUUGACUUUCCUGAGUUGAGAUGAAGGAGGGACAGAAGUCUCAAAAUUCUUGAAUUUUCCCCCAUAUGUGUGAAGGGUUGGAGGAUUCAAUGAAAUAAAAUAAUAACAAUAUUUCAUAUUUCUAUGGCACAAAGUAACAUGCAGAUGAGAUCAAAUGUGCCCCACAAACUAUUUGAGUAAAAUGAAAGAAACAACAUGCAAUGAAUAUUUAAGGAUAUUCUAUGGGCAUGCAUUGGACAUGAGAUGGCACAUGUAAAUAGCCAAUGAGGCAUGUAGUGUAUCAUAUCCAACAAGGGUAAAUGGAAUAAUUAAUUUAUUAAAUUUCAUUAAAUCCUGAAAAUUUGGAUAUUUGAAGCCUCUUUUCAGCUCCACAAGAGUUGGCAUGAAGCAUUUUCAUAUUAGGUGACUCGCAAUAUGAGCUGAUAAGCAGAGUUGAGAGAACCUAUCAGAAUAGUAGAAAUGCAAUAUUCAGAGUUGGAAAUUUUAUAAGAGUAAUUAACGUUUUUACUCCUUAGAUCUCAUUAGUAAAUCUCCCUACUGUUUGUCAAACAAUUCUUAUAAUGUUAGCUUGGAGAAUUUAGUAUUGGAUCAACUAAAAAUCUGUUGAAGGAUAUUUUUCUAUAUUCUCAUCACUGGUCUUCUUGAGAUUGUAUUGAUGUUGACCAGGAGAAAUUCUGUCUUGGUCACUCAUGGGAGUUAAAGGGUUGAUAGUAGUUGUUUGGAAAUCCAUGUAUUAUGACUAUAGGUAUAGGUUUCAUUUUUUUUGAAAAAAAAAAAUGCUGUGUGGUUUACCCAGGUAUAUCUCUCUAUCAGUCAUGUAACUUUUUCCAGUCACUUGUAAACUUUGAAAACUAUCACUCUAGACAAGUUGUAUUGGUUAUUCAAUCCUAAGCUAAAUUUCUAACACUCCUAUGACUUCUAAAAAUUUUUUCUUUUUUCAGUUUCAGAUAGUGAAGUUCAAAGCAUGGUCCAUGUUUACCAAAACUUAGCAGCUCUGUCUCCCAGGGACAAACACAUUGAUAAGAAAACAUUGUGAGUAUUAUGAUAUUAUCUUCAUGUAAUAUUUGUAACAUCUUGGGAUCAAUAUCAGUAUCUGGGCAACUGCCCACCUAUCCCUCCCCUAACUCAACAAUAGUCAAUUGAUAACAAGUUAGGGUUAAUGUUGGGUUAGGGGAGGGGUAGGUGGGCAGUUUCCCAGAUACUGAUAUUGAUCCUCAUCUUGUUACAUUUGUGAGCCAGGGUUUAUUUCUUUGACGUCACUAUAUAUGUUUCACUGAGGAAUGUAGACAUGGCCCUAUGCAGUCUGGCCAAAGUUCCCUAAAAGUAUUUUUAAGUACACUAAAGCAUAUUUGAUGUGGAGAAUGCAUUAUAUAAAUGCAUCAUCAUCACAUGGAAAUAUGGAAAAUAGAUAGUAUGCAUGAAGAACAACUUGAUUUUUUUUAUGUCUGUAGCAUGCACUAUUUCCCAUUGGAUGGAGUUCUGGCAGAAAGGCUGUUUGUGGCUUUUGAUAAAGACAGAAAUGGACAUAUUGACUGUGACGAAUUUUUAGGUGUGUAAUAAGGGUCUUGGUAUCUAUAAUAUGACACACAAACAAUCUCAUUUCUUAAAUUAAGGGGGGUGAGUUUCUAAAGAAAUUGUGGCGCUGUGUCAGUGGGGGAGUAUACCAAGGUAUCUCGGUAUUAUCAACUGAGUUGAUAAUGUAAAUUGGUCAUUGUUUCAAGUAUUAGCCCUUUGUCAGAGCGAAUUUGAGGGGCCAACACUCAAAAAGUCAGCUUUGAAACUCUUUAUGGUGGCCAAUUUAUAUUGUCAACUCAGUUGAUCACACCAAAUUACCUUCUAGUUGUUAAAUUCUUAAACUGCCUGGUAAGCAGUGCCCCAAAAGAGUGAACACUCUCCAGAAAAACUCAUCUGUAGAUGGAUUUGGAAAAACGUGAUUAUUACCCUUUAACUCCCAUGAGUGACCAAGACAUAAUUUCUCCUCACAAUAUCAAUACAAUAUCAAGCAGACAAGUGAUAAGAAUAAAGAACGAUAUCAAUUAGGGGAUUAAUAGUUGAUCCAGUAUCAAAUUCUCUGAACUACCAUCACAAGAAUUAUAUAGCAGAUAGUAAAGAGAAUUACUAAUGGGAUCUUGGGAGUUAAAGGGUUGAUAGCUGGUGCCAUGAGUUUAAAGCAUGAAAUGAUCUUGAUUAUUUAACUUGUAGGAAUUUGUCUUAAUUCUCUCUAAUUCCUCUAGGAGCUUAUGAUAAUACCAUUCAUGUUGCUAACCUCAUAAGCACAAACAAAAAAAAAAUUUAAUAGUUUUCUUUUUGUUUCAUUAUACACAAAGGUGGACUUGCUCUAUGUUUAAGGGGUUCUACAGCUGAAAGAGGACAAAUUAUCUUUGACAUGGUAAGUCAAUUUUAAUCAAAAGUAGUAAAUUAGUGAACUUAGUAAACCACAAAUGCCUCAGUAUCUGUUCAGCUAUUUAUUAUCUGGUAGUGCAGGCACAUUAGCAGGGAGAGUGAAUUGGCCAGUUUUAGGCUCAUGAUACUUCACUGAGUUUUUAUGUUUGAUUUGGGGUCAGGAUAGGUGGGUAGGGGAGGGGAGGGGGGAGUAGCCUCCUCCCUCAGUUUUCCUCUUAACUUUCCUUUUUCCCUUAGAUGAAAUUUCUAUCUUGCCCCAACUCUCAACAACGUUGUGUGCUUGGACACUUAACUUCCACUUUUCCACCCUUUACUUGGGAAUUGAAAGGGACACUGGGAAGCUGCCGCUGUGCCAACUGCUUUCUUCAUUGUUUACUUAUGUUGUUCAGAAUUAUGUACAAUUCAUAUUUCAUAUUUUAUUCCUUAUAUUACCUCUCUGAACCUUGUGCUGUUCUUGCUGGUCAAAAGUUUAACCUCGAUGGUAGGUGUUGAUGUUUUCAUGUCCAUACUACAGCUCAAUAUUGUCCAAACUCGUUUGAUCUGUACUCUGCUUACUGUAGAUUUAAGAACAAGCGUUGAGCCACAUGUCUUUCUACUUACCUUUCCGUGACGUCCUGUCCACUUCAAUAGUGAUAAACUGUUUGAAACCUCAAUAUGUUUUCUAUCUCUCAGUUUUUGCCUUGCUCCAUUUCAAAACGUAUGAAGAUGAAUCACUCAUUGAGAACUAGAUUUCUGUCGCCUUUGGACUUAUUUAUAUGAGGUUUAAGGGAACUCUCUUGGAGUUGACGAACGAUACGCGCAAAAAAAAGCAACCAGAAAACGCCACGUUUUCUUCUUUUUUUUUCCCUAUCCCACAAUGUACCUUGUCUUCGAUCACAACCAGAAGCAUGUAGCAUCUAAGGCGAGAUUCUUCAUACGGAGCAAUUUAAUAAGCAAGAUUAUGCGGGUAUCAGCGGCCAUCCCGAGGGGUCGACCCCCGGGCAACCCAAGGGCAACCCACGGGCUUAGCAGGGGAUUUGUAGCAAAGGCAUGCCCCGCACGCGGGGCAUUAGAGCGCUUUUGCGUUUUUGGCAAAAUACCCCGGGGCCAUACCCACGGGAUUUGCGCGUAAUCUGCUGUUAUUUUUGCUUUCCUACAAGGCCCAAUGAGCGUAAGAAGUGGGAGGUUUUCUGUAAGCGAGUGGAUAAAAAAUUCAAGACACUCGGCGAUCCAAGAAUCUGUUCAUUGCAUUUUAAGGAAAGCGACAUCGAGAUUUCAAUUUCAUACGGUUAGUUCGCAUUCGAAGCGUCUUGCCGAUAGGAAGAGACAGUGUGAUGAACAACCGCAAGCCAAGAAAGUUUGCCCCAGAAAGCUCGAAUUUGAGGACUCCAUAGAGACUUGUGUGGAUUUUAGUGCUGAUGUGGCUUCAGUAAACCAUGAUCACUCGUACUUUUGCAUCGAGGAACAGGCAACACCGACUAUAUGUUGCCCAGGUUGCUCCAGGGGUGGGGGUAUUUGUCCCAAUUUUUUGCCCUACCUGAGGGGCUUUAGCAUGUAUUUGUCACGGCAGCUGUGACAAAUGCCCCUGGGUGCCCGGGGGUCGACCCCUCGGGAUGGCCGCUGAUACCCGCAUUACCCUAACGAUAACAGAGACCCACUUCAAUUACAAACAGAACGAAUCUUGGAACCUUUUUCGGCUGUAACAAAUUUAAUCGAAUUUAUCAAUUUAAAAGAAAUAAAUUUUCGCCAAAUUGUUAACGGGAACUAAUUUUCGUGGAUUGAUGGAAAUAUCGAGGAGUAGAUCCCUUGACAAUUUCAAGCUACAUGGCGAUCGUUUUCGGCUAAGAAAACGCUAUUCUUGUUUCCUUCGCGCAAACUGAAAGGUAUGGCGGUUUAAAAUGGAUGAAUUAAAUUACCUGCUAUAUCAUUACUUAGCUGUCUGAAUGUCUCGUCGACUUGGGAAUUAUUAAAAAAAACCCUCGUUAGCUUGCCCUGCACAUUGAAAUCGAACACUGAGUACAGUCUUUAAUUUUGUUGGAAAGGUUGGCUUUAGGCUACCAAGGACACGCCUCUCCCAAAUACUGUAACUGUUUUGAUUCAAGCAUCGAGUGACCAGCAUCUAAUUUCUCCUUACAAUAUUACCCCGAAAUCACACAUAAAGGUCACAAGAAAAAAGGGAAAUGAUCACCAACGAUUGAAGCUCUUGAUUGUUAAAAAAAUUCUCCUCGUCAGCACCUCAAAAAAUGUACUGAGAACAGCAUGGAGAAUAUUUCAACUGAUGUUAGGUUGUAAAGGGUUAAAGGUAGAGGAUUAAUCUUAGUGUGACAUGUGAAUCAUGUGCUCGUCAUAUAUUUCGUCAUAAUCACGCUACUCGAAAAUUUUGACCUGUCUUCACUUCUGGUCUAUUCAUUCUUAUAAUAAAGUUCGGAUAUAACGCGCGCUGUCAUUGGUUGAAAGAACGUGCUCUAUGAGAGUAUAGAGCACAGAGCUGAGCUAAAGCUUUCACGCCAUCUGCCAAAGUGUACUAUGUUCGAGCUUUUCCGGGACUUCUUUUUAGCUCUUUGUCGAUAAUUGAAAGUGAAAUUUCGGAACUGAAGCGAGCCGGCAAGUAGCAACAGAAGAAUCAAACAAAGGUUUGUAAAUAUACCAGGCGCCGUAAUUUACCUUAUUAAAACGUGAGCAGAUACGAAAAUCCUCAAAGGAAAAACAAAAUAAACAUUCCGAGUUUUAAAGAUUUUCACGCUCAGUUUGAUUGCAAGCUUACGUACGGUAAUAAAAAUCAAACACAGCUAACACUCGUAUAGUAUGUAAAGUUCAGUGUUCAAAAACAAAACAGAACAAAACAAAAAUGAUGAAAAAUUUAACCAAACUGGCAUAAUUGUUAAAAUUCAUACUAAUCAUGACGGUGUCUGAGCGAAUAUGAUCAUGCUGAAGUUCAUCGCGGCUCAAGAAGUGGGAAGAAACACUCGACUACGUCUCGUGUUUCUCCCUACACUUCUUUCGUGCUCUAGCCGCUUCCUGCGCGCUUUAUAACAGAACAGAGCACAGUCAAGGCUUCUCUAUUUGUUAAUUAGAGUGAAAAGGUUUAUUUGCAUCUCUGCUUCAACUCGCCUGAUAAAUGGUACAAUAAGAAAAUGGCGAAUUUUCCGCCUCACGUUUUAAAAACUCGUUCUCUCCUCUGCAUUCACUGAAAUCGCUGAAAUCUGCUGUUAAUUAGAGGCCAGCUGUGAUGUAACUUCCGUUCCAUUAAAAGGAUAGGCACCCGAAGGUUUUCUGUUAUCAGUAGUGAGUUCAAGCGUUACGUUAACUCUGUCAGUGAGAAUGACAUUCUAAGCCUAUGCCUCUCAGUUUGAACAAGACCUAAGUAAACCCUGGGGGAAAAAAGGAGAAAAUAUCUUGAUUACAGCAAAUGCAAGUAUUUACAGAGUAGUGUUCAGACGGUUUGAAAUAGUGGCUGGAAGAGCAAUAUUUCCGUCUGCCGUGAGGAGUCACUCAGCUUUCUAAUAACAGAACAUGACCUGGCCUCGCCAGAAUAGGAAAUGUUAUGGAAAAAGAAAUGACAUCAUAUUGCUCAUUUUUACAUGGUCACAUGUACUUUUACUAGUACUGAUAUGAUAUGAUGGAUAACUUUCAUUUCGUUAGGGACAGACGGAGUGAGUGUUUCCGAGAUCAGCGUGAUGUUGAAGUCCGUUCUUUCCGCCGCCGUUAGGUAACGUGUGAAAGAUAUUUCUUUCCCUUUAUUUUUCUGUUGAAGUUUCUUCUUUGAGUAAUUUUCCUUCUUUAAGUAAUCAAUUAAAUCAACUUCACAAUUCCGUCUUCCUUUUUAGAAUCAUCCAUGUUCGAGAGGGCCAGAGUAUAGGUAAGCAAGUACUUUCAGAUUUUUUCCGAGUUCUUCGUCGUUUUUUGCGGGUAAAUUAUAAGGGAGCUUAAGCAGAAGACCCCUAGGAUAGGUCGAUUAAAAAAAUCAAAUCACAUUAUUCUUAAGAAUUUCAUAAGUGGCUUGAUGUGUUUAUCAUUUCCAUCGGCGCCAGUCCUCCCUCAUAAGCGUUACAUGUAGAGGUAGCGUAGAGUUCGAAAAAGAAACAUGGACAAUUUUUCACUAUGGUUCCGUCCUCAAAGUAGAGGACGCGAAGAGGCUGUACAAACUUUUAAAACGCACUUGCAAUUUUUUUUUUGAUUGCCGCGUUCUCGUUGCCGUUGUAGACGCAGAUUUUUGAAAAUCCCUAUUUGAAAUGAAAGGCACGAAGUCACGAUUUUUCCGAGUGGUUUUUGGUACCGGAAAAAUCCCCUUCACCUGAUUUAGCGGUCAAAAUAUUAGUUCGGUAGGAUUGAAAAACACAGUGAAGGAAUUACUUGACCAUAAGGGAACGGGGAUAGCUCAAGAUAGGGAAGGUUUUUAAGGAUUGCCGAAAGCAAUCUUUAAAAGGAUAUACAGACAGUUUCGCAACUCCGUGAAACAACUCUUAAUCGCCCAGAAUUCUAUUGUCUUUCGCGACAUGUACUUGCAGUGCCCAUUUAAUCAGCGGGCAGCAUAAUAAUUUGCAUAUCCUGAACUAGUCGGUCGUGAUUGGUCAGCAGGUAAAGCUUUAAGAAUACAUGAGUCUCUUGACAGAUUUCAGCUGCUGUCAAUCAAACGGUUGGAUGCGUAAAGUAAAUCCCAAGGUGACCAAAAGUGAACAAUAGCAAUAAUUAACAAUAGCCACGCUCUUAACAAAGCGUUCAGCAAAUUCGUUUGCAGCGAAUUCUUCUAUGGACUGACAGACUACCGUUGGUCAAAAUGUUAUCGGGAUUAUAAAAAUUAGUAUCAUGAAAAUAGGAAAUAUAAAAAUUUAGAAAAUAGUGUCAUGAAGAAUAGGCGGUUUGAAAAGCGUAAUUUGUAAUCAGACGGUUUUCGAAUGUGAAAGGCUUGCGGUUGCGGACUGACAACAAAAAAACGCCUGAUUGAAGGUUAUAAAAAGCGAUGUUCAGAAAGCCAGCUAAUCUUUGGUCAAGUGAAAUGUUAGUUUCAUUCAAUCUUUGUCUUAAAUGUGGUUUUGGCGAGCCCCCGUAUAGUGGAUUGUAGCCAUUUAUUAAAGGUGCAGACAUGUGAAUGAAGGCAGGGUUGAUCGGGGAUCCUGUGAGCUCUAAAUAGAGCUCCCGAUCAACGCGCUGCAUUUCUUGCACGGAAAACAUUUCAAUAUCUGGACGGUAUGAGGCACAAUUGUGAUCUGAUGAUACGGUGUGUUAACAGAGAUGUUUAUAACUCUUCAAUUUAAAUUUGGCGCACAUGUGUGACAUGACACAGCUUCUUAACAAUGCUUCAUUAGGCGAAAGUGCGUCCUAUUGUCUACAGAGGCGGGGCAAAAACUCUCUUCGAACUCUCUUGGGAGUCCAAAGGGAACAACUUUCGAGGGCUUUUAGGACAUUUCGGUGUAGCUUUUGGAGAUGAUCUUUUUGAUAACACUUGUGGCCAUCGUAUUAACGCGAAAUUCCACCAAAUCUUAGCUGAGAUAUCAAACUCACUUUACCAGAGGGUACCUAAGUCACGAAGUACCUUUGUGGAGGAAAAAAUCAAUCUGAAUACUAAUCAGUUCAUAUUCCAUACGAAUGCUGAGCGAAACGGCCGCUUUUUCAAGAUCACUUUGAUAAAACUUAUCGAAGACCAACGACUUGGAUGAGCGUCUUAAAUAAAAGCUGAACACCUCUUCCACAAAAGCCAGAGGGUAUCUUAUCGCUAAGUGGGCUAAGUUGUGUUAAAAUUUGUAAAACACACUAGGCAUUAGGCCGUUUUCGGCCAUUUUCUCUAUUGUUUCGCCUGUUUUCAAUUACGAGAAUUCAAAUUUAGCGCUAUUGGCUACGCAAAAGGUCCCGGAUGUGUCGCGGCAUCCUCUGCUACGGUAGCAAUGAGGAGACGUUCUGUUGUCCAAAAAUUCAUCGGAAGAUUAGUUUUUCCUGUUCAAACUGACGAAAAAAAAAUCGUUAAGUCAAAGACCUUUCCCUGUUUCCACUCUUAUUUCCAGUGCAGUGAACUUGCAGGAUUGAGUGGGUGGAAAGGGUCAUUUAACGUCGACGAAUCUCUUGGGAAGGGGGUAGUCUCUUUUGCAGCCGUUACGCAAGGGUAUAAGAAUGCGACGGGAAGCUUGCAACAACGGCUGCCAAGGAGACUAGAUAGUUGGAAAGAUGUAAUCAAUGUAAGUGAGACGUCAUGCUAUGACCAGGAUAAGAACUGUAGGGAAUCGUUGCAAAGUUGCCCGCUUUUGUGUCUGUCUCAGGAGCCUUCUUGUUGAUUUUUCUGUGCCGAAUAGCACAAGAAAUGAAACGAGUUUGUUUCAAAUUUUAGAUGCCGAUGACCGCGUGGCGUUAACAGAUGUUGAUAAUGAAGUAGAGAACCUUGUCAGUGAUGCGGUCAGCCAAUGCGAUGAGAGUGCGGUGAGUAUCUACGUAGGUUGGAUCAGAUGGGUCUAAGCGCUCUGACGAAAGGCUAACGCUCCAAACGUCAGCGUUAGAAACUCUUUAAGGUGGCCAAUUUACACUAUAAACUCAGUAGGUAAAAGCAAAUUAUCAGAUAAUACCCCCCACUGACGCUGCACCACAGUUUCUUUUGUAAUAAUGUACCUGAAAAAAUAACGUGCUUCUAAUUGGCUUAAAACGAGUGCAAUCUCAUGCAACACGAGUGCAAAUUAUAAAUAGCGCCCGCACGCUUUCAAAAUUUCGCUCAUCUUUACUUUCUGUGAUGUCUUUUCAUGUACAUUAUUAACAAGUCAUAUCAUAAUUUCUCUUGCAAUGUGGUGUAUAAAGCACUGGAAAAUUUUUCAAAGACUACAAAUUGUACUUGCCCUACGGGCUCAUGCAAUUUGGUUGUCUUUGAAAAAUUUACUCGUACUUAUUAACACCAAUUUGCACUCGAAAUCAUGUUAUUACCUUUUCUUCCAACUUUCCCCUGUUAAUAAUUCAAGUAUACUUUUAAAUUCCUAGUAAAAAAAAAAUAACAUGGUUUCUGGCUCAUAACUGUUAAAAUUCGUUUAUCUCUCCUAUUGGAAAAAAGGUGCUCAACACCUCGAAAAUGAAUUUUGAUUUUAUUUUCAAUCUUCUGAAUUUUGUCCCAUUUGAUGCGUAUCAUUUUUGAACUGGCCGGCUUCUUGAAAAGUCAUUGAUUAAUAAGAUCAGGUCGACCGUACUUUGAACGAUCAUCGUGCUGUUUAUUUUAUUACACAUAACUGCGUUGCAGGUGAACGAGUUUGUAUUGCAGUGGUCCAAUUUUUAAUGAGUUUUAAUGUCGUUACGAUCUUUUAAAUAAUUUAUUCGUCGGUAAUAAAUAAAGUGAAAAGGGAAUUCCCAUUUUGGUCCAAUCCGUUGAUGACAACCAAAGAGGAAAAUUGGUUUUCAUGACAGCUCUUGUCAGCGUCAUUCGAAAAGAGGUUAUUUCCGUUGCAGUUUAAUUAGACGCAAUACUGUACUGUAGUUCGAGCAGUUGGAACUAAGCUCUUUCUGGCCAGAUGAGAUUUGGAAGUGACCUUUUAUCACUCUGUAAGCACGUCAACUCGACGAAGAACUCAUUUUUCCCAUAAUCACAGGGUACUUAAGUUCAUUUCUUUCGUUUAGACCUCAGAACUCCGCCAGGAACUCUAGUUUUUUAGAGAAAAAUAUAAAAUGGACAAUGACGUGGAAAAUUUUAACGCAUAUUUAUUUGAGAAUGGUAUAAUUCAGGCUGUAUUUUCCGUUAGAUUCAGCAUGGUCUCACUCAACGAAAAAAAGAUCUUCAUGAUAUUAAGUUUUUUUUUCAGCAGAUGUUUUUGAUAUACGAAUUUCGAGCUCUCUAGUGUUCACUCUAAGUUUUGUAAUUAAGCACCGACGUACUUAGACCGGUCAACUAAAUAGUGUACAUCACUUUUUUCAACAAUUAUUUUCACUUUUGUUGUUAUUUUGUUUUUCUCGAAGUGUCUUUUAUACCCGCAUUUUUCUCCACCAAUUGACCCCUGUGGAUUGUUUUUUUAUGUCGUUAUUGCUUACUAUGCGACAUGUCACAACUUUCCUCUUUGCAAGUCUUCCUUACUUUUGUUGUUGUUUUUUUUUUCAAUGAGGUGUUGAAAACAAUGAAAUAUCUACAAUCUGUGUUAGAGAUCUGAGAGGUGUUCACUGCGAAUAAAUUUACUUUUGCGAACGGUCAUCUCAAUAUUGUUCACCUGAUUUGAAUGAUAGGUUUGGAAACUAUUAGAUAUUCAAAUGAUCGUGUUUGCGCAACAUCACCUCAUCGUAUUUGCAUUUUCAGCCGCUCGAUUACUGAAGCGGUUUCCAUCAAGUUUUUUAGAUAGCAACAAUUCGCGCAUGUUAUUUUUGAGUGGUUAGUUCAUCUUGCGUCACCGUUUACGAAACCGAAGAGGUCAUAAAGAAGAAACGUCUUGAAAGAACAGUAAGUUUUCACUUCAACGGUGAGAUAUCAUAUUAUUUUAUCUUAUAAGAUCCAAUUUUCGUGCUUUCGAUUAUCAGCUGAAGCUCGAGUUGCGAUAAAUUCAUACACUGUCAUGGCAAAGGUGAAACUCUAAACCUUGCUAUAUCGCACUACUGAAAAACUUUAAAUAAUCUUCGCUAUACCAAGUUGCAUAUGCCUUCGAUAGUAUUUUAUAGUAUUUUAUAAUUAUAGUAACAUUUUUCUAAAUUUGCAUGUCGAGGCGCGUGUCGCAAACGUUAUUACUCACGCAAAGGGCGAGGUUACGACCUUUACAAAAUAACUAAGCGGCGUAGUUUGGGUCAGUUUUUAUUUAAAGACGUCCCAAAAACCAAGCUCACAGUAAGUUUGACAAAUUUGCCUUUACCGUUUGUAAUCUGUAGAUUAGAAAAUAGCAUUUAUUCCGCAUGGCUGUGUAAUAUUCAUCACAAAGGACCUACGUGAUAUGUUACAUCAGAACUGUUAGACCGCAGUUUGUUGUAGUUGUAUUUCUUAACACAAUCCGUGCUCAAAUAUUUCUGUUUUUAAGAUUCAUUUCGCUUUUGCUAAAUUUACAUGCAAUUUAAUUCAUAGAGUGUUUGGCUUUUAAAUUAAUUUUGUGAAGGUCUUAAAAUGGCAGUUGUAAUCUUAAGGUCAAACUAUAACAAUGAACCGUCAUGAAACUGCACAAACACAGCCCAUUUUUAAUUCUGGAUAUAAAUUAUUUAUGUGUUUCAAAGGCACAAAAGCACAAAAGUACAACCAAGGGAUCGUAAGAUAAAAUUUAUGGCCUGUUACAAAACAAAUCCAGCUUUCGUUUAAAAUGGUGUCAACUUUAACUCUGUCAUUCCUCAAAUAGAAAGAAACUUAUUCACCAUGUAUUAUUUUAAAGCUCUGAGCCCUAACGAUGUUUUUUUCAAUAAAUAUGACUUCUCUCCUACCCCAACGUACUACAAAUAGCGACACGUGAACAAUCGACCUCAUCACCUGAUGAAGGCUGGAAGUAUUGCAGUCGAAACGUCGUGAUCAACAUCAAAAGUGACUCCAUUGUGAGACAAACGAGUAAAUUUCAUCUCCUAUCUUACACCACAAUGAACAAUAACCACAUAUUUUAUUAUAAUAUGACUCCUGUUUUGCUGUUUUUGUUUCUUUCAUCACGGACGUUUUGUUGAUGUUCGAUGGAUCCAAAUUUGUUUAGUCAGUCUGUAUGUUUGUCUGUCUACUACUGAUCUCUCGGUCUAUUCGUCGGUCUACCUGUCUAGUUUGUCUGCCUGUCUUGUCUGUCGAUCAGUUUGUCUGCCUUUUUAUCUGUGUGCCUGUCAAUUUAUCUGUCUAUCUAUCCCGUCAGUCUGUUUUUCGGUCUGGUCUGUCUGUCUGUCAGACUGUCUUCUCUGUCUAUUUUGACGGGCAAACAGGUAAAACAGCAGACAGACUGACAUUUUCAGUCUGUCAGCUUUUUGAUCUGUUUGCCCGUCAAUUAAUCCGUCUAUUCUGUCUGUCCGUAAGUCAGUCUGUCAGUAGGUCUGUCUGAUUUCUUUUUUUUUUCUGUUGCCUCUACAGAAUGGAAAACUGACCAAGGCAGAAUUCGUAAGCUGGAUGAGAAGACACCCUCUCAUUGUGGACUCGGUAUUUCAGCAUUCCAGUAUUAAGGACAAACAGUUCAACACAGGAUUACAAGUGAGUAAAGAGCUUGGAGUCAGCAGAGCUCGGAUAGAAUUGUGUAUGAUUAAUAGUAAUAAUGAUCGCUAGAAUUUGUCAUUUACUGCUUCAUGAUCAUUUCCACAGCAUGACCGUGGUCAAAAGAGCCAAAGGCCACCUGGGUUUGUGACAACAACACAUCAGGGAGCACGGUAUGGUGUAUUCCUCGUUCACACGUCCUCGUCUCUCUCUCUCUCGUACUUUUGUGAUAAAGGGUUACAACUUCGAGAACAAACUUUUGCUGCUACAACAUUAUCGUAAAAAAAACACGACCGCCUUGGCAUUUUCCCACCAAAAUCUGAGACACCGCAGCGUGCACUGUCGUUCUUUGUUUGGAAAUUUGUGUUCAUGCUAGAAACUAACGUCAUUUGUGAUAAUUCUUUAAUCUUUCCUUGUAUUUUUUGUUCUAGGCAAACAGAACUGUUGAGCCAAACAUGGGUUGAUGGGCUGCAAGAGAGCGUUGAUGAAGAUGGUAGGAUCAAAACACUUUCCUAACUGCCUUGCAUAAGGCCCUUUAACCAUUUAUUCCCUUACAAUGAAUACUCAUAUUCCCAACACUGUCUACUCUUCAUUUUCUCUGCCAAUGUCAAGGAGAAUUUGUUUAACAAUCAGCAGCUUCUUAAAUUAGGGAUCAUUUCCAUUCUUCUUAUGACCUUUUCAUUUGAUUCAGGGGUGAUUAUGUGAGUCCAAGGGUUUAUCAUACAGCGGACAUUUUCGGAAAUAAUUACUGAAAUUUCUUUCGUCUUGCAACUAAUUGAUUGAAUAUUACCGCCAUCGACAUCAGUUUGUUGAGUGCGAAGGCGUCAGGAGUUAAAAGUAGUUUAUUAAUGUGUUAUAAUAAGUUUUUUUCCGGAAUGAUUUAAGAUCAAUGGUCUAAAUUCAAUCUUACUUUUCCUUCCGAUUUCACAGAACCUGUGUUCAACGGUAGUUAUGCAGACGCAGAAUAUCUGUGGAGUCCAGUCUUCCCAGCUAGUCCUAGCAUGCCUUGCGCACGCAGUAGGCACUCAGUGUGUGUUUGGGGCGGUGGUGUGUUUGUGUAUGGAGGUCGGGGAACUAGAGGAACUCUUAAAGAUUUCUGGAGAUACGAUAUAGGUGAGUUGGACUUCGUUAAGUAAUUUGAAGUGUAUAAGUAGUUUGAUUAAGUACAACUAUUUUUCUUGGAACUGCAGCCAAUAACACGUGGACCAAUGUAAUAGUUGAAGGCGAGUUCAGACCGCCGUGCUUACAGGAACAUACUGCACUCACUUACAAGGUAAGGCUUGUUUUAUUGAAUUUUCAAUUCAGUGUCGAAAGUAACGCAAGAUAUCUUUGGUUUUGAAUACUUCGCCAUGUUAUUUGUUCAGGAAACUCGCGCCAUUCCCCCAAUCAAUCAGGUUCACUUGGUCACUUGCGUUUUUCCCGCGCUUCAAGCAGAUUGCCGGUUUUUCUAUGUUUUUUAAUUUUCUCUUCGUGAUAUUUUCCUUUCCUCUGAUAUGGCUGUUGUGGUUACUUUGGUGAUGGAUUUUUGACGCACAAUCGAAAUGCGCUUUAGGCAAAACAGAUAGAAGAGCAGUAAAAAAAAAACAGCGGUAAUAAACUUCGUUUCAAGCGACGGGAUAUGGGAAAACCUUAGAACUCAGGACCAAAACAUAUUGCUUUGUCAUGACAUGACAAGGGUGAAAAAAAAAUUUGGAAAGCUGGGAGUCGCGACUUACCAAAUCGGUCGCUUUGAUUGAUUACAAUAAAUUUGCAACAGAUCGAAAACCGUCUUUUCUGCUUUUUGUUGCCUCUGCACGAAGUGUAAGUCUCAUCCAGAUGGCGCAAAAUGCUCCAGAAACCAUGAUAACUGAUUUUCUAAUGUUUUGCUUAUUGUAGGGCAAUAUGUUUAUAUUUGGGGGAGAAUUCACCUCAACCAACGAGACGCCAUUGUGGACAUUCAACUUUCGUAAGUGCUCACUAGAACGACUUUUCGUUUUAGAUUUAGUAUUUGUUUAUUAAAACAUUCCCACCCUACCCUCCACAGGUGCGAGGGAGUGGAGGAAACAAGCGGCAAAGUCAUGGGUAAGCGUACGUCUGUUAUAUGCUUCUCAAACGUCUGGGGGCAGGGGGGGAGGAGGGUUAUUGGAGGAUUUUGGUGUUGUAACGAUUAAAUGUACCUGAUCCCCUCAGAAAGCUCCGUAAUAUUCUUACAACUUACCCCUCCCCCGCUUUGGCAGUUAAUUGGCAGGCAAAUUUUCUCAGUGUAGUCCACCCUUUAUACUCUGUUGGCGGCGACUGAUUCCCCCGAUGCUCCCACUGAAAUUGUGUGACCACCACACCGCCCCCCCCCCUUCCUUCGGUUAUAAGUAAAGACUGUUCCCUUCCACGAAUCCCAUUACAGGUUCUACCAAAGCUUCAUCUCCUGCUACUGAGAUAUUUGAAGAGUUCGUCAAACUGGAACACUAUCGUAAUGUGGUUCUAAAUUCUCGGAACUAAUCCCAGAGGAAAUUCAUGUUAGCUAGCAGAGACAAGCGUCCCAGAUCUUGACAGCUUAUUGUGAAUUGUUCAUCUUUUCCUAGGGCCCAGGUACGCGACGGUCCCACACGGCCGUGAUUCACGAGAGUUCGAUGUUCGUGUUUGGUGGUUACAUUGAUAUGAGAGGUGCCAGUGAUGAACUUUGGCAAUACGAAUUAGGUAGGUGUUCAUUUGGGUGUCAGAAAUAGCCUACCUUUGUCUCACAGUAGAAAUUUCACCCUACCCUUUCAGCCUGUAGUGCGAGAGAUCAAUUUUCGAUGGUUCUAGACACUUCCUUUUCCAAAUCAGGUUUGGUUUAAAUUGGCUUUUCAUUUGCACCCUUGCCUUCAUCUAAGUCAAAAUCUUUUUCUGUUGAAAUCAGAGCUGCCUGUUUCUGAUGGUAUCAUUAACAGUGUAAUUUUAUUUACUCAGACACUGCGAGAUGGGUCAGGGUCAAAUGGAAGAGAGAGGGACCAUGCCCUCGUUACAGUCAUUCAGCGGCUGUAGGAGCCGGUGGUAUGUGGGUGUAUGGGGGCUUGGAAGGUCUACAGUCCAAGAACGAUCUGUGGAGAUGGAGCUUUGGUAUGUCUGUUAAAUUAUCACAAUGUCUUAAAAUUUGGUUUUACUUGGGAACUAGCGACCAAAGAAUAAGAGAGUUAGAAAGAAAUUCAGCCCAACUAGGUAUAAGCGCAAUAUAUGUUUAAGUUGUAAUUAUAAAAAUUUAUUUAAACCAGAUUUACUGCGUUUGUGGGGAGCUAGGGCGUCAACAGUUGUUGCGCUUGCGUUAGCAAUCAUUCUUUAGGUCACUAUUAAAAAUGAAAUGGACGAGUGGUAAGUCGGAGGACCUGGAAGCGACUGAGACUUCAGUUCUAGUUUUAACGCGGCGCGGUAUUUUCACGUUUCUGAAGUAUUUCACCGUUUCUUGCGGUAAACAAGCAUGUUUAUUAUAUGGCAAGGUAGUCCUGUGGUAAAUCUAAGCUUUCGGAUUGGUUCUUAUUUGGUCUGUGUUUUGCCCUACUGACCGCUUCCAGUUCGUAUUUUUGUUCGCGAAAGGCGGCAUUCUUGAAACAAACAAGUUUGGUCUGAUUGACAUAUAAUAAACUCACUAACUAACCUCAAUUGUUCGAGCCGUUCUAGGGAAUAUAGGCCCUUGGACAAUGUUUAAAGGCAAAAAAACUAUUUUUUGUUUCAUUUAAGUGAGUCACUCUUGGACGCGGAUAAAGAGCCGAGGAGGUCCGCCGGCUUUGUUUGGUCACUCUGCAGUUAAGGUAAGUACAACUUUCAAUAUUUUUGUGUAAAACAUGUUCGGUUAGACGAAUUUCUAUGACUGUUCUUACAGCAAUUUUCUCAGUCCAAAGAGUAGUCUGCCCGGUUUUUUGGCUUAAAUACGCUAAGGAACGGUGAGGGGGGGGGGGGAUUUUGGUCGUGUUACGAUAAAACUCACCUGACCCCUCCCUAUGCUCUGUAGUCUUCAUAUGAACCCCCCUAAUUGGCAGCCAAUUUUCUAUAGUUCCCCUUUAUACUCAAAAAGCGACGACUGAUUUUUCCAUCCCCCCAUUGCCCCUGAAACCCAUGUGAGCCGCCCCGCCCCACCGCAGGCGAUAAAUGCUGCUGAUGGUCCACAAGUGUAACUAAAACUGGCUUGAGUAUGGUAAUAUAUAUAUUAACUGUUUCAUUUUGUUUAAUUUUUGUCUGUUUGCACUAGGUUGGAGAAGGCAUGUUGAUAUUUGGAGGUGAAACUAGCGACGGUGCUUUGCUCAAUACAAUAUGGCGUUUUGAUUUGGGUAAGAGCCAGUAACUUGAUCCCACGUUCUUAUGGCGUCCUUAUUUCAAACCGUUUCAGUUUUAUCUAAAAGAACACGAAUUCGUGUCUUCCCUCUGUUUUGGUAUUUUCGGGUUACACUAAGCAUCAAGGGAACCCUCACUGGAGAAACAUAUUGUCAUUACCUACCUUGAAAUAUUUCGUUGACAAAAAUGGGAUCUUAUCACAUGAUUUUAUUGUUUCGAGAGCUAUUGAACUUUUCCUCUGACAAUGCUGAUUUAGGGGCCGGAUUUGUUUAUUGCCGUGGGGAAGGAAGGGGGGGGAGGGAAUCGGAGGAUCUGUUCUCCCCUUAGGUUUUGUAGUGUUCUGAUGAUCCCCCCUAUAGUCCACCUUUUGAACUCUGUUGGCGGACACUCCUGUUGGCGACGACUGAUCUCCCAUCCGUCCCCCCAAAAAAACCAUGUGAUUCCCCCCAAGAUCCUUCGACCCUCCCCUUUCCCCCUUCCCCUCCCCCCCAAUCCAGGCGAUGAAUAACAACUGUUCCCUUCUCUCAACCUUUUCAGGUGCCCGCACGUGGAGCACGGUUCGUCCACGUGGAGACAUAUCCCCACCCGUCCGUAGCUGUUUCUCAGUAGGAGUAGUUUCUUCGUCCGCCUUUUUUUCUAUUCGACCAUCCACGGCUCACUCUGCCCCACCCUGCACCCCUAUGCCUUCAGGCUUCUUGGGAGAUGAGAGGCUCAACAGCAGGCCGUCCACCACCAGGCCGGAAUCGUGGUGUGAAUCAGUUUCUCGGUGGGACAGGUCUUCAGCAUCACUGGGUUCUCUUGACUCCACGGUGCCGCAUAAACGCAGUCAAACUCGGCCGCCGUCCAUGUUUAGUUCAGAGGUGUACGAGAAUUCAAGAGGAAUGACUCUUUCAGAUGAUUCUCUUCAUCCACAUCCGAAUCAAAAUACUGCACAAAACGAUCGUCCUGUUAAAGCACACACUCUUCCAGCACAUGGUGUCACCUCGGUUAAAAAAAGUCGGGUGUACAGUCAAGAACUUUUGAACGUCAAUUCUCCUGUUAGCGCCGAUGUAAGGAAAAAUUUCAGCCAUCCAUUUGCCUGUUUAUUGGUUCUUGGAGGCAAGACGCGCACACAGGCGGAUUUGGGAAAAAGCAUCGACAUAUGGCGGUGUGAUAUCGAUCCAGGUAUGGAUUUCUUUGGGUAAAUUUAAUAUUUGUAUCGUUCAAAGCAUAGAUUUUAGAUUUUCCCAGUUAAAGUUAUCGACAAGAUUUGAUCAGAGCGUAUUGCAACACGGUACGGGUUUCGCAUGUUCCGUAGUUUUGGCCAGCACUUAAUAAGUUAUAAAACGUAUUGGAAAGUUUGAAGUUUCUAUUUAACGCGGGUCUUUAAAUCGCAAUUUUUUUACUACAUGGCCAAACUUAAGCGCACAAAAAAGCUUUUAAGGUUAGCUUAAAACUUUACUUGGCAACCACCGCGGCCAACAUAUCAGCGGGCUCAACUCCCAAGGGUUGAGGAACCAAGUGUUUCAAAAUUUGAAAUUAGGAGCUAACCCACCCUCCAUCCCUGAGUAGAUUUUAGCUGAGCACUGGAUGUCACGUUCAUACAUGUCUUAGAACGUUCUCGUGCAUAAUUUGAAAUUCAAAUUCUAACUGCCUGAGAUUUGCAAUUAAAAUUUGAGAAAAAGAAAUAAAUAAGUAAAACUCCCACUUUCAACUAAUAACAGUUACUUUAACUUUCAGAGAAGAGACACCCAACAGAGCGAGUGGAAAAGAUCGUUGUGUCUGGCAACAAUCACAUGACUACGCCCCCUGUUCGCUACUUUCAGUUGGAGCAUUACGAUGACAUGGACACUGAAUCAGUGGGAAGCGAUCUGGUCCUAGCAGACUUGUCUGAUAGCGAUACGCGUAGUGUUGAUUUCCUACUGGACGAUUUCCGCUUGGACGCGCCACAUGGUGUCCCAAAAGUGUCCGUGUGAAUCAGUGACGUCAAAGAAAGAACUCAAUUUUCGACAUUGUCGUCCCCAGGAUCUCUCUCUUUUUCUUUCAUCUGCCUACUUUUGUGAAAAUCCGCCCAGCUUCGUGCCUAACCCUUAAACUCCCAGAUCAAAUUUGUAAUUCUCCUUACUGUCAACCAUACAAUUCUAAUAAUGUUAGUUCAGAGAAUUUAAUAUUGGAUCAACUAAUUAUCCCCAAAUUGAUAUUUUUCUUUAUUCUCAUCACUUAUCUAGUUGAUAUUGUAUUGAUAUAGUAAGGAGAAAUUCUGUCUUGGUCACUCGUGGGAGUUAGUCCUUCCCUUUACCCUCGUCUUUCCCUCGAAGAUUGUGAAAGGGAGAGGUUAGAUCCUCGCCCCAGCCCAACACGAGGAUGGGAAAAAGAGUGAGAUCUGGUGCCGAGAAUGUGCUUCAAAAAUGCCGCUUUAUCUGCAUUUAACAAUGGCUGCUUGGACUUUAAAAAAGGCUAUGUCGUAAGCUUUGAAAAAUCCCAUACGUUCUUGUUAUGUGUUGAGAACUUGUUGGUACUAAGCUGUGUUUCCAAGAAUAUAUAACUUUCUUCAGUGAUUUAUUGCUGUUUAAUCUAUUAAGGGUCGGUCCCAGUUUGAUUGUUUCUGGAAGUGGGAACCGGCAACGAGCACCAAAAAAAAACUUCUCUUUUCUUUUUGGUAGUGAAAACCUUUUAUAUGGAAUCGUUUGUCGGCUGGUUUCCGACUGUCUUGUUUCGUUGGCCCGCAGCUGAAGAGGCCUGAAAUGCUGGUGCAUUAUAAAAUUACAAUAUGAAGUAUUUUAAAGAUUAUUGAAUUGUCAAUAUUGAAUGUAAUGAUUGAAUUCGAAGCCAGCCAUAUAAGAAUAUCUAAAAUCGUAUUUUAAAAUGUUAAAAAUUCAUGUAUCUAACAGAAGUUAUAAUUUCCAUUGUAUUAGUAGAAAACGAAAGCAAUGCUUGCUAAUCAUACAAAGAUGUUGAAGUUUUGUGCAAAUUGUUGAUAACCAUUCUAUUACAUAAAGCGACCAUGAGC